CAGUGAGGAAACAUCACUUUUGUGAUUAUUUCUCCCCUUCAGGCUAGAAUCUGCAAGUCUUUGAUGAAGCGUACAGCUUGUCAUUUUAGUUGCUGUUAAGUCCGGAAUUCUUCUUCUGCUUGGUCCAUAAUGGAUUCAAUAGUGAAAAGUGAGGUCAUACUCUCAGUUUAUAUCAUUUCAUUCCUGAUCGGCUUCCCCUGCAAUCUCAUCGCUCUCUAUGCGUUUAGUGUCAAGAUCCGCUCAAAGCCAGUUCCCACAGACAUCCUGCUGCUCAAUCUGACCGUCUCUGACCUGCUCUUCUUGAUCAUCCUUCCUCUCAAGAUGCAUGAGGCAGCCUCUGGUAUGGAAUGGAAUCUGCCAAACUUCAUGUGCUCCAUCACCUCCUUCACCUUUUUCUCCACAGUCUACACCAGUUCCUUGCUGCUGAUGGCAGUCAGUGUGGUCCGCUACAUAGGAGCAGCAUUCCCUGUCACCUAUCUUCAGCUGCAUAAACCUGUGUAUGCAGCUGUUAUUAGUGCUGUUAUUUGGCUGAUCUCAACAGCACACUGCAGCAUCACUUUCAUCAUCCAGCACCACCCAUCUCUGGCCAGCAACAACUCCAGUGUGUGCUAUGAACACUUUACAAAAAAGCAGUUGGAGGUCCUCCUCCCAGUACGUUUGGAGUUUUUCUUCGUACUCUGCCUCAUACCUCUUCUAAUUUGUGUUUACUGCUACUUGCGCUGCAUCUUGAUUCUGUACAGCCGCCCCAGGAUAUCCCAAAUGCAGAAACAGAAGGCCAUUGGCAUGGCCUCAGGCACUCUUGCUGUGUUCCUCAUUUGUGUUCUGCCAUACAAUUUAUCUCAUAUAGUGGGUUAUUUCCAGGGACAGAGCCCAGAGUGGAGAUACUACACACUGCUGCUCAGCUGUUUCAACACUUGUAUUGAUCCGAUCAUCUUCUACUUUUCGUCCUCCAUCUUCCGCUUCACAAGUGAAAAGUUCAUUUUUAGGAAUUUUUUCAGGAAUUUUAGGCACACUCCUCCAGGGCUGCAAGGGCAGGGCAACAGCUCUAGCUAAGACUAAUAAUUAUUUUCAAUAGAAAUGGUACAUAUUCAGCUUAUUUACAAUUAUUUUACUGCAAAUUACAGACAUGGGAUCAGAUAUGUAAUCGUAUAUUUAACAAUUUAUUUACAGAGAACUGUCUGAGACCAUUAACACAUCUUACCGCAAAGUAUCUGAGUCCUCUGUUCAGAAUGACUGUCAACCCACACAAACUAUUUUUGUCUAUUUAAAGAACAAAACAAAACAACAAAAUGUGUAGAGUAAA